AUGGAUUUGGACGAGCAUAUCCGACGUCUUUCGGCAGUUAGUUUCCUGCCUCCUAAACGAUUUGGCUUCAAGGAUAGUCCAGAUAUUCUACAGUCUCCUGCUGGAUCUUUCCGUCAGAAAAUAAAUACCAAAGCUACCGCUACUGGAUUAUCCUAUAGAUCUCGAAGUAGAAAAAACUCCGUAUGCAAAGCCUAUACUUCAAUCCCGGGCAUAUUCGCUACCUCUUCUCAUCUAACUCCACAUCUUGACGGUUCUCUGGGCGAGGAUACCAAUGUCAUUUCUAUGGCUUUAGAUGAACCCCUUCUUCCAAAAGUCUCUCUCACGCUUAUGUGGACCGAAAAGCUAGAAGGUCAACUUCCUUACUUAUUCCCAGCUACUCCUAACCGUGAGCCUUGCAUUAACGCCAUUGGUGAUACCCCUAAAAAUCCCCGUGUAGCAAUCCUCUCAGGUCAACCCCAGGCCCGUUCUUCGCUGGCAAAAAGUCUUUUACAGCAGCCCCAGCAAACGCUCUCUCCAUUCGGUCCUUAUAGACCACGAGUCUUCCUUGCACGGGAUUUGAUCGAUAGGUGCUAUGUGUGCCUACUAAAUGGACGACAGAGGCUGCUUUGUUUGAAUGUGAAGGAGGUGACCGGGAAAUUGGGUGCAAAGGAUAGAGAGGAUAAGCAAUUCGAACUGGAUUCACAGGUGACUUACCUUCCAGCUUUGGACGCUGUUUAUGUGCCUGAAUCGAAGCUGACUGUCUGCUUGGACCCUACGGACUCGAUUAUUUUGUACUCUGGAAUCACUCAAAUAUGUAUUCUGGGAGUACUUCCGGCUCUGGUAUCCACAAUGCCAUCAUCUGAAGGCUUGAAUUCCAAUAGUCUUCGUCCACUCUCCAUCCUGCCCUCCAGGCUUGAAGGCGAAGUCUCGCUUGCCAACACUAAAGUCACCGACCUUCUUUCCUCCAUCAGCCAAAAUUGUGCAGAUCUCAAUGUGCCCGAAAUGAUUCUGCGGGAAAAUUUGGGCACUUCUGUAUCACAUCUCUACUCAAUACAUGGCCCUUCUCAGGGAGACAAAUCGGAAUCGACGUGGCGGCUGUGUCUGCCAGUUGGAAAUCAGUUCACUCUGGCUCUUAUGAAAAAACCUCUGGAUGGAGGAGAUGUUGGAGAUGAGGUCUGCCAAAGAGAGCUGCAGAUUCACCUUCCGCCUUUAGCUAACGUUACCAUCGUUCAACAUUGCCUCUCCGCUCUAUGCUGUGGUCUACCUGACGAAACUGCUCUUGAUCUACUCAGGCGUUGGUAUUGCUAUAGCAAUCCACCAAAUGCUACUGAUUACGUCGAUGAAUUGGCCUGCUUUGCUCGCUUCAUUCUUAUAAUACUCGGACUUAUUCCUGAAGACGAAUCACUCAAUAAGCCUCUCUCUAUGGAGACUGAUGUUGACAUCUCCACAAAACGUCUGAAGGAUUCCGAGGUGGAGAUGGUAGACAGGGAUGUUAUUCAUCAGUUGUUGAAUUCUCUUGAAGCUCAUUCUGGAGAUUUGAAACAUUUGCUAUUGCGUCAUCUGCCGGAUAUCCUACUCUGUCUACAUCUUGUUAUUGAGAAUGAUCAACUCGAUACGAUGUUGGUGGAACAAGUCAAAUUUAUGGCAACUUUGAACCACAUAAUUGCUAUGUAUGCCAGAUUUUCCAGCUAUGUAGAAUACUAUUCAACAUCCGGCUUAUCAGCCUUGACUCCGAAUGAUCUUGUUUGCAUUCCUCGGUUACAUUUGGAGACCAUAAACAGUACUCUCUACUGGUCUUCUCAUGCUAGAUCGGCUUUUCUGUCGGUUCCCUCUUUGAAUCGAUAUGUUAUGUCUGUGUUAUCUGGUGAGGUGAAAUCUCCCUGCACUCCCUACCUCUAUCUUCCUGGUGUCAAUGAUACAGCUGCCACUCUUGCAACCUUCGUAAUUUGUGUUCAGUCCAUGAUUGAGGAUAUUGAUUUCAGUCAAAUUGAAGAUCGUGAUAUUUUGCGCUUUUGGUCUGAGAAGAUAUCUCUGAUUGGAUAUGAAAAAGGCCUUGAUAAGGAGAUAAUGAAGAAUCCUAUCGUCAUGGCUUUCAUAGCAACUUUUCUUAAGACUGCUCUAAGUCAAUUUGGUGCACCAGCCCCUAGAACAUCAUAUCAACGAGCUCUUGUAUUUCUCUCGGAAUUAGAUGCAGGUCUUACUAAAAAGUUGUCACAGAUGCCAACCGCGUUCGCAAGUAUCAUUCAUAGCACGAUGGUCAAGUGUUUGGCCAAUCCUCCACCAAAUUGCUCACCCCAUGUCUAUCAAAUUAUCGGUCGUCAUGAUAUAGCUCGACAAUUUGAAAUCAUGAGGUCAAGCAGGAGCACGCAUAAACAAAAGCUCUCUGGUCAAACUCUUCGUUCGAACAGCAAAACGGGUGGGAUCCCCUCUAGGCAGUGGGAUGAAAUUACUCAGGAACGGGGACCUGCAGAUCGGUGGUUUGGUCUUGUGCGACCCAUUCUCACAAACCCUUCAACUGAUGGAAUGGUAGUUUCUCGUCAUUUCCUUCUCAGCACACUGGAAAAUAGCCCCGCCUGUCAAGUAGCGUUUGAUGAUCUUCGCUUACAGGAAGCCUACAAGAUGUUGCAGACCACUAGUCAUAUAUGGCUUCCUCGAAAUUGUACUGAUGAAAGCACCUUUGGUGGAAAUUUAUACAAAAGCGGAAAUUCAAACAAUAUCAAUCUUGAUUCCGCGGCUCUUCUAAAUAUUUCAAAGGUGAGAUUGGAUAUGCAGUUAGGGGCUGCUUGUGUCCGGACGUCGGCGCUACCCCUUGGCCGGGGUAUGUUGGGCUUGGGGACAAUUGUCUCUUCUCCACCUCCUCUUCUCACUGUGUAUCCUAUAUGUCUUCGGGGACGAUCUCUGCCUUCUUCAGCAGCAAUACCGCAGCAGCAUGACUUAGCAAGGGGUACUCUCCUGGACACUAGACGCGCGGCUGCUGACACACCUUCAGGCUUUGCAGCGUCGGAUACGCCUGCCAAUGCAACUGCCUUGGCGAUUUUGUCUGCAGUGGUAUCUACUGGAUGUGCCAGCUCCCUAAAGGGCGAUAGGAUUGGGAGGUGUUGCAAUGAAUCUGCUUUAGUAGUAGUCUUUAGCGACGGAACAAAGAAGACCAAGGAGUAUUAUGAGGUUUUUGGAUACUUUCAAGCACCUUUCUUGCAGACUGUCUGUUCCUUAUCGCGCUUGAUGGCUUCAAGCGAGGGCGUAGAAUCACCAAGCGAGAAUCAGCCUGAAUCGUUCUUGCGUCGACUGAUGUCCAUUGCUUCAAGUGCAACGCUCUCUGCAACCUCUGCAGUUUCUUCUGGUACCAUUAUUCACUCACCAGCUGUAAUGGCUGGUCAACAUUGGCCAGAAUUCCACAAUGGAGUUGCUGCUGGACUCAUGAUAUCACCUCAAACAUCGAUCGAUGCCACAUGGAUAGUUCAAAAUUACAAAGCAAUCGCAUUGGGCGCUUCUACGAGCAUGGAUACAUUGAACGCCACAUCGCCCUCUGCUUGUCCCUACUCACCUGCCCAAGCCGGUUUCCUUUAUGGUCUUGGGUUGAAUGGUCAUCUCAAUAAACUAACCCCUCACUAUAUACGUGAAUUCACCAUUCAGGUGCACGACCUCACCAACGCUGCAGUCAUGCUUGGACUAUGCGCUGGUAAAAGUGGGAGCAUGGAUCAGGGUGUUCUUCGGCUUCUUGCCGUACAUUAUCGACCUUUACUAAUGCCGGAGCCUGUUCUUGUUGACAUGAGCGUCCCUUCAUUAUGCCAAGCUGCUGCCGCAUUUGGUUUGGGUCUGUUAUUCAAGGGUUCAGCCCAUCGACAUAUAGCCAACAUCCUUCUAACAGAACUCGGCCGUCCAUUGAGUACUCAGCAAACCACUUCAACUGCUGGGAAUGCUGUUAUCACAAAUGAUACUAAUAAUGAAGGUGGAAACAAUAAUGACGCUGGUACUAACGAUCCAAAUGCAAACAACGAUGCUAAGUUUGCUAACGCUGGCGGUUCAGGCGGUUUCGCUGGCGAAGCUCGUGAACUUAUUUCCCUUUCCGCUGGUUUUGCACUGGGUUUAGUUCUCCUGCAGCGUGGUGAGACAUCGAGUGGUUUAUCAGACUUAUCCUUUGCCCACAUAUUGCGUGCCUACAUGACAGGAGACCGAAGAGAUUCCACUGUUUAUCAUCUGGAUGCCGGUUUCGGCAGCUUAAAUCAGACGGUUGAUGUCCUCUGUAUUGAUAUCCCUCGUCCACCUUCAGGUUAUCCUCUUGAGGCCUAUUUGCAGCCUCAUCUACUGGCGUCUACAGAAGGUCGCUCCCGCUUAACUGGCUCCAAGAAACCAUGUCCUCGAAACACUUCCAUCCUCGCUACGCCAAAGGUUAUCUCAGAGAUGUCUAAAGAGGAGUUGGCUGAUUUAGGUCUCACAAGAAACGGGGCGAAAUCGAUUACACUAAACGAGUCAACCGCUUUGGUAUCUGCUGAGGAUCCAUUAGAUCAAUUGAUCCGCGACACUUUCCGUCAAAGUCACGAGUCUAAACAGCAGACGGCCAGGGAUACUUCCGUCUCUCCAAGAGUUACGUCGACUGUACGUGGUGGAACAGGGAAUAAUCCCCAGCAUCAACAGCGUCAAAAAACAGCCCUCAUCGGUCAGAGUGCAAUUUUAAAUCAGAGUCAGCAGAUUAGGGAGAGGGAUGCCUAUAAUAGUGAUGUUUCUGCGCCUGGUGCUACUAUCGCUCUCGGGUUUGCAUACCUUGGAACGGGGAAUGCAACUAUCUCUGGAUGGUUGAAGGCACCGAACUCUUUCAGAGAACUUGACAUGGUUAGACCAGAUAUACUCGCUCUUAGGACUAUUUCGUGGGGUCUAGUGAACUUUGGUGACGUUGUGGCGACAGCUAAAUGGAUUGAGAGUAGACUCCCAGCCUGCAUUAUUAAAAUCCUCACUCCAGCGUCACGAAACGAAGGGCAGACUACCACCUCUUCCUUGGUUAUGUCUACGGAGACUGAUGUCGAGAACAGAAGUCCUCGUGGUCGUGUACCUUCAAGUGAAUGUAAGAAGUCAAGUAGGAGUAUACGACAACCACUCUCGCCAAAACUGCCAGUGGUUCAACUUGAAACUCCUUACUCCUUACCAGAGUCACCCAAGUUCUCUUCCAUCGACUUUUCAACUGUUGCUCAAGCAUAUUUGAAUAUUCUAGUUGGAGCUUCAUUUGUGAUUGGUCUUAAAUAUGCUGGAACUUGCGAUUCGGAUGCGUCUGAGCUUCUGCAUAAAAUAAUCAUUAGCAUCCUCACUGGUGAUUGGUGGCCACCAAAUCGCAACAAGUUUGGAAUCAGCGGUACUGACAUACCGCCUCGUUUGUUGGAUCUACCUCCAAUGGAGCAGUCAAUACGACAAGCGGCUGCUACUGUUCUUACAGCUCUUGCAAUGGUUCUGGCUGGUUCGGGAAAUCUCACAGUUCUCCGCAUGGUGCGCAAGUUGCGAUCUAUCCGCUUCUUCGGCCACUGCCCUCAAAAGGUCACUGUGUCUAAUUAUGUGUCCUCUACGUGGCCGUCACCAGCUGAAACUGCACGGCUUUUCCAGGUAGCUGCAGCAGUUGCUCAGACCAUACCAAAUGUCCAACCAAGUGGAAAUAUUAAUCCUUCCAAUCAGCCUGUUUCUACAGCUGCUGUGCUGGGUUCAGUGCUAGGUCCAGAUUUUGGCCUCCAGAUGGUCUAUGGGAGUGUUAUUGGUCUGCUAUUUUUGGGAGGUGGAAGAUUAACUCUCUCCAAUUCACCAGAGGCGGCUGCUCUUCUUACAAUUGCAUUUUUCCCUCGUUUUCCCAUAUAUUCAGGUGAUAAUUGGUACCACUUGCAGUGCCUACGACACCUCUACGUCCUUGCUACGAAGCCUCGCCGUCUUUGUGGAGUGAAUGUUUUGACGAAUCAAGUGGAACAAGUCAGUUUGAAGUACUGGUACAAGGAUAAGAAUGAUUGCCUUGUCUCCAAGAGAACAGCUGUUUUCACAUCAGACUUUUGGGAGCGUGGAUCUAGAAUUCAACUCUCCUGUGGUAAGGUGGCAACAAAUUUCGAUCGAGAUACGGCUGAAUGGAAUUUGCUCAAGAGGUCACUUCACGAAUCUGGAUUCUUCUUUGUCACCAAAGAGCCCUUCCCAAGUCCUUACACGCAUUUCUUAAAGAAUGUUGAAGUGUGUCUCUUGAAUUGGACAAACCCCUCGCAAGCUUGGCAACUACGCAUGAUGGCCAAUUACUUGAAGUCUGAACGGCAUUCGCAGAGCAACUCAGAAAAUAUAUUCACUUCAUCUGGUGCUCUUGCUCAAGCAUUGACAACUCGAUUAACUCAGCAGUUCCUUCUUAAUGCUAAAGAUAUUCAAAAAGGCCUACAAGUAUACUUCUUUGGAAGCGGUGAGGAGAAACGAGCAUUGUCGUCAUGCAUCCGAGCAAAGACAACGAGUUUCCGUAUUUGGUUCUCGAUUUUCUCAGCCAAGCUUAUCAGACUUCACCUUCCCACCGAUAGUCGGGCUUCGAUUUCCCAAUUCCUGGUAGCGAUGAGACCUAUCAAAGAUGAUGUUGAUAAACAAGCUCUCUAUUGGUUGCACAAACUUUUAUAUCAAUGUUCAUAA